AUGUCAAUUCUACAAGGUAACAAUAUUAGUGGUUUUACUCCAAUUUCAUCAACACAUGAUUCUAUUCCAAAUCGACAUAUAUCAGACAAUUUUUCAUCAUCUCGUUCGUAUGCACCUGAAUAUCAUGCGCAAACUGCUUAUGUUACUCAACGUCGUCUAUGUGAACAAUUACGUGAAGAAGCCAAACGUGAACGUAUAAAAGUUUCAAUUGUUUGUAAAGAUCUUAUUCGUUAUAUAAAUGAUCAUCAAUCAAAUGAUGCACUUGUUGUUGGAUUUCAAUCACCAAAAGAUAAUCCUUUUCGAGAUAAACAACAAUGUUCAUUAAUAUGA